AUGGUGCACACAACUCUCUUCCUCGUGGUGCUCAGCCUGGCCCUGGUGGCUCCCGGCUUCUCUGCAAGAAAGUGUGUGCUGACCGGGCAGUGGGUCAACGACCUGGGCUCCAACAUGACCAUCGGGGCUUUGAAUGGAAAAGGUGAAUUCACCGGCUCUUCCCACACGGCCGUGACUGCCACGACAAAUGAGAUCCAGCUGUCACCGCUGCAGGGGUCCCAGCACCGCAUCAACCAGAAGAGCCAGCCCACUUUCGGCUUCACUGUCAACUGGAGAUUCUCAGACUCCAUCACUGUCUUCACUGGCCAGUGCUUUGUGGAUGAGGACGGAAAGGAGGUUUUGAAGACCAUGUGGCUCCUGCGAUCCCGUGUGGACAACAUCAAGGAUGACUGGAAAGCCACCAGGUGA